AUGCCUCACACAACAUCGAAGACAUGGCUGCAGCAGCUCGAGGAAGAAUUGAAUGUGGAUGUAGAUUGGAUGGAUCCGACAUACUCCAAGAAUCUGCAGAUCACACCGAACGAUAUGACAAGUAACAAUCUCUGGGUCAACCAGCAGAUGUCUCACCCAGAGAACAAGACCAUGUUCGAAGAGGUGUGCAAAGAGAUGAAACCAUUGGGCUGGAAGGCCGCGUACACUCGAAUCGCAGUUCAGAUGUGUAAGAACAAUAUCGACAACAUCAAAGGCCGUGUGCUUCUCCAAGUUUACCCCAACGAGGCGUACGAUACUCAAGCGGUCCUAGACUCUGCCAGAGCUUAUGCCAAGGAAUUUGCGAGGGCCGGAAUCUCGCAGGAUCGAUACUGCAUCAAGAUCCCAUCCACUGGGCCAGCACUGAACGCAUGCCCGAUCUUGAAGAAGGAAGGCAUUCGAACAUUGGGGACUGCCUUGUUCAGUCUGCCGCAGGCGAUCGCAGCUAGUCAGGCGGAAUGCUUGUACAUCAGUCCAUACUUCAAUGAGGUGAAAGCGCACGACGAUCACGCUCUGUGGCCAAAUGCAGAAGAUCCAGCGCUGCAACACACCAUGUCGGCUCGCACGCUGCAGAUCUUGGAGACGUACGCUCGACUGUACAAAGAGACUGGCAAAGAGCAGCCAUUGCUCAAACAGGCCAGUUUCAUCAAUGCGAAAGAGGCAAUGGCCGCUGGAGAACAUGGGUGCCACAGCGCCACCAUUUCUCCAGAAGUGUUGAAUGAGCUCGCCAGUUUGUCGUACGAUGAAUCGAAGCAACCAGGCGUGGGCAAGCCAAAGGCGGCACACGCUUAUGCUAAUUGGAGUACACCGGAACGUCUGCGAGGCGUGUGCAAGAGUGAUCCGCUCUCCAUCAAAGGACUUCCAAGUUCAGCCAGCACAGAGACGGAUUAUUUGGCAAACAACGGCGAAGAGUUACAGAGAGCCAUCCUUGGCGACCCUGUGACUAAACAGCGUCUGGACGAUGCACUCGCGUUGUUCACAGGUGGUUUGAUGGAAAGCAAGGCCAAGAUUGAGCAAGCCUUCCAGGCGAUACCAUAGCACAACAGCUUAUUACGAACCUCUGUUGCAUGUCGCGUCUUGUAGCGCAGAAUGUGGAUAGAGUGUUACAGCCAGAACAGAAUCUUCAGUAUGCAAAGCCGAUUGUUCCAUUCCUUCGUAGAAUGUCAUGUUGUCGUACAUGAGA